UACUAGGUGCCGUGUUGUGAUCAUCAUGAUAAUACAGAGAGACAGUCACCUAGCUCUAUGAAUUAACCCAUAUUUGUAUCAGCAUUUAUUCUCCCAUACCCGCCAAACUGUUUAAAUAGUUAGACUGUUUGUCCAACCAAUAGACUAUUUUUUAGAUUUGUCCAACCAGGCUACCAGUUGUUGAUUAAUGAUACAAAAGAACACCCAGUCCAAGUUGAUGGCACAACAGUUAAAACUACAAGCAGACAUUAAACAUUACCCUGUAUCCCAGCUGUAACCUUCUCAGCUGAGAUGUUGUAAAUUGUGUGGAAAAUAAGUUAAGGAAUGUGUGUGUGGAUAAUGGCAAUGUGUGUUCCAGCUGAUUAAAUACCUGACAGAUCAAGAAACCUCAACACAUCAUCAAAAUCAUACUAAAAUCAAAUGUUACCAUAUAGCAGUCCUGCUCAUUUAUUUGCAACAUUGCCCACAAUGACCUAAUACACCCACAGAUAUUUAAGAAUUAUUGUAAGUUAUUAUAAUGACAGCGGAAACAUCUAAAUUUUCUCACAGUAAUGCCCAACCCUAGUUAAACCCAAAGGACAAAAUCAGCUGCCUUUUAGCUGGUUGCUAAUGAUAUUUGGUUGAGACUUGCCUAUCCAGAGCACACUGAAUGCCACAAAUGCAUAAUUCUUGACAAUGCUUGUCCUUCCUGCCCGUGGUAAUGAGAAAGCCGACUCUGUGAAAGUGUCUGACACCUCCUGAUAAACAUAAUCAAAAUAAAGCUAGAAUCUGACAGAAUUCUCUUGGUUCGCGAUUGUUUGACCUUUAUCACAGGUGGGACAGAAAUGAUGUGGAUGGCAUAAUAAAAACAUGGGAUUGAUUUUUCUGAAUUGUUACCCCAGCCACACGGGCUGGAAGUCACCAUGAUAAUUUGUUCUCAAAGUUUGAUUUUGGUUAUUUUCAUGGGAUAUUUUGGAAUUUGGAUAAGAUAAGAUUGUGGGGAAAAUUGUGCCCUCUAGUCAACUCAGAGAUACAUGAUUGCAAGCAGAUUUGUAGAUUGCUACUUAACGACUUGUGUAAAUUGACUCCUACUAUUGUUAGUGGCCCAUAUUUAACCCCCCCGCCCCCUCCCAACACAGCCAGACACACACACACACACACACACACACACAUAUAAAAACAGCCACUUUGUGACUCAUGCCGUUUGACAAAGAUGCAAUUUAGCAGUGAGCUUCGUAGGGGUGGGGGGGUCUGAAAUACAGAUGUGUGAGUGGGUCUCUGGAAGAUAAAGAUAGAAUCUCAUUGAAAAACGCAGGCUGGAUUAAGCUUCUGCCUUGGCUGAGAAACGGGGGCUGGGGUGGGGGGAGCACAUGAGAAAGCCAUUGUGGGUUGCCUGGAGAGAGAGAAACAGAGAGAGAGUGGAAGGAAGGUUUGGGAAAGAGAGAUGGAGGUUUAUUUUAUAAUAUGCUACUUGUAACAGCAGCAUUGCAGGGAAAGGGAGGUGAAAGAGGGCAAAAUGCAGGCAAAACAGGAUUCUCAGAGCCGAGCCCCGGGCAGCCUGGGCAAGGUAGGUGUGUGUGUGUGUGUGUGUGUGUGUGUGUGUGUGUUUGUGCAUAAUGUGUGCAUUAAAGUGGCAUGUGUGUGCAUGUGUAGAAGCUUAAUGUAAUGUGUAUUGAAUGUGGCGUGCAUAGGAGACAUUUUAUGUAUAGGGCUGUCAGUUUAUAUUAUGGUUAUUGUUGCUGUAAUUGUGGUUAUUGUAAUUGCCUACUUUUCCCUAUAUACAUGUUUUUCUGUGUCUUUACCUUCAAAUGCAGUUAAAUUAAAUACUGUCCAACUGUCUUUCCAUGUCUGUAGGUCAUGCCUUCUCUGCCUGUUUGUAGAUAAGACAUGUAACCACAGAUAAUGUUGAGUCUCAGUAUAAUUCUGCCCAACACCCUGUGUGUGUGUGUGUGUGUGUGUGUGUGUGUGUGUGUGUGUGUGUGUGUGUGUGUGUGUGGGAACUGUCUCUGCACAUCUAAAUCAUCUCCGCUGUGUAUCCAGUUUUGUUUUUCUGUAAGGAUGUAAAUCUCACACAAGGGCACAUCUAUGCUAUGGCAGGAUUUUUGAUGCAGAUAUUUGUUCAGAUCAUGUUUCCCUGGCGUUUAACAAGAGGUGACCAAUAUAGAGAAUGAUGUUGAAUGGUGCAUUUUCAGCUUAUGCUUUUUACACCAUGACUAUUAACUUAUAUUUGUCUUUGCCUUAUCCCCUUCAUCUUCCUUGGUGUCUCUCUUCUGUGUCUAUAAUUCCAAUUUCUCUCUACAUUCGCCAUCCUCUCCUUCUCUCGGUCCACUGUCUGUCCACCAUUCUUUCAUCCUGUCACUUCUCUCCCUUAUGUCCUCUCUUUGCCAUUCCCCCAUUCCACUUUUCUUUGUAUCUCUCUCUGUCUCCCUUCUCUAUCGUCCCUCUCUCUGUCUGUCAUCAUUCCCAGGCUCACCCGGCUCUCAAAGCCUUUAUGUGUGGUUCUCUCAGUGGCACCUGCUCUACGCUUCUCUUCCAGCCUUUGGAUCUGGUCAAGACACGGCUGCAGACUCUACAGAACAAUGCCAAGCCAGGUGCACCGAAGAUGGGGAUGUUUACUGUUUUCGUCAGUGUUAUUAGGACAGAGAAUUUCUUCGGUCUGUGGAAGGGAGUUUCACCAUCGUUUGUGCGCUGUAUCCCCGGGGUCGGCAUCUACUUCAGCACCUUCUAUUCCCUGAAGCAGCACUACUUCCUAGACCGGGCACCCAACGCUGGUGAGGCUGUUCUUCUCGGAGCGGGUGCCAGAGCUGUGGCUGGUGUCUGUAUGCUGCCAUUCACAGUCAUCAAGACACGCUUUGAGAGUGGCUGUUACAACUAUGUGAGUGUGUCCGGGGCUCUGAGGAGUGUGUAUGAGACCGAAGGAAUCAGGGCUCUGUUCUCGGGGCUGACGGCCACGCUCCUCCGAGAUGCUCCGUUUUCUGGCAUCUACGUCAUGUUCUACAGCCAGGCCAAGAGGACACUGUCUCAGGAGGUGACUUUGUCGGCCUACGCCCCGCUGGUGAACUUCAGCUGUGGAGUGGUGGCAGGUGUCAUGGCGUCGCUGGUCACGCAGCCUGCAGACGUGGUAAAGACCCACAUUCAAGUCAGUCCAACCCACUGCAGCACGGCAGAUGCUAUUCGCUACAUCUACAUGGAGCAUGGUAUGAGUGGGUUUUUUCGUGGGGCUGUACCCAGGUCUCUUCGGCGCACCCUGAUGGCAGCAAUGGCUUGGACUGUCUACGAACAGCUUAUGGCUCAAAUGGGCCUCAAAUCCUGAAGAGCAAUGAUGCUGAGCCGUGAAAAAAAAAAAAAGGUGGAAUAUGAUGGGAUAAUGAUCUAUUUUCUCACUGAAAGCCUCAUGCAAGAAGAAAAGGGAGCCGAGGAGCUUAUAGAGAGUGAGCCAGCACUUCCAAGAUUUUGAGAAGAGGAACCAGUGGAUGCCUAGAAAAAGAGAGUGAGAAUGCCGUUUGUGCUUGUGUUUUUGUUGUUAUUUAAAUGUUUGUGAAAAUGUGCCUGUUCUUGUCUAUAGGUGUGUAAGUUUGAGAUUGCGAUGUUACACCUGACACACUCUUAUGUCAGUCUUGGACUGAAGUGACACUCCCCGCUGUGAAGUGAACUUAUUCCUCCUCUUACUAUUUAUGUAUGGACACACUGAGGUAUGGCUACCACUCAUAAAAUACACUUGACAGAGGGCCUGUAUCUCGGCUGGGCAGCUUAGUUGCCUUUGACAAGGUGUUUAAAAAUGCUGCCAAGACAAACGGGACAUCAGCAAACUGGUGUACCAUACCUCUGUUGAGGUUGUCAAAAGCAAAGCACAGCAGAGAAGGAGAGAGGAGCUCUGGCCUCUGCCAUAUUUAUGAAACUUAAGAUUGAGCAAUGUUCCUUACUUGCCAAUUGAUAUUAAUUGACAAGCAGACUUAAAGGCCAUUUACUUGUUUCAGGCUCAGACAAUCACAAGUACUCUUAACUACAAUAUGGAAAGAAAAUCUGGGCUAACUUCGGUAACCACACUAAAGCCUUUUUUGCCAUACUGUUUGAAACUAUGCUAAUUUAAACUUGAUAUACAACUAUGGUGCAUUUUUGUUUGAUGAAACCAGAUGUACUUUUUAAAGAAAUAGUGAUAGUCACAUCUCUAGCUAAAAUAUAUUCAGACCUGUGAUGGCAUCUCAGUCAGUUCAGGAUUUUGUGGAUUUUUGAGUUUUGUAAUAGAAAUACUUGAUUAUUUUUUUAGAACUUAAAGGUACCCUGUGGAGUUUCUGACCAUUAGUAGUGCUGUGGAGCAACGUUUUAUGAAUGUGUCCACUUUUUGUUUGUAUUGUGCACACACGAGCAACAUAAUGCUCAGUCUUUGCCUCCAGGUUCAUGCUAUUCUAUUUGAAGACAGUUGGCAGCAGUAACAUAUACAUGCACAUUGCACAUAAACAUGCUUUCCAAACUGCACCGACACACUUACAGUAAAGCGUCUUUUUUAAAACCACAGUGUCCAU